AGAUCGCUUGCAAAAUUGCGGCAGUGGCCUAUAUAUGGGCAGGGGUGGCUGGGGGCCAAGCAUAUAUGUACUUACGGUAGGCGCUGGUAGGAAAGUCCGGAUUCCGGGGGAGUGAGACACAGAUCGUACAUCGAAGGAGUCUUCAGGUCUCCGAGCAUAUACUCCCGAUACCCGCAACCUCAACAUGUCGUACGGCCUAACACAGCUCAGCGAGCGAGCGCUCAACUCCCACCUCCGCAACGACGACGACGAUACCGAGCGCGAAUACGACCGACUGCGAGCGCUCGCGCGGUCCUCAGCGCAGAAGCGCUCGCAAUGCAUGCAGCGGUCGCAGGCGGCGUGGCAGUCGGGCGACAAGGCGGCGGCGCACAAGCUCUCGGAGGAGGGCAAGGCGCACGGGCUGCAGAUGGAGCGGCACAACCUCGCGGCGCGGGACUACAUCUUCCGCGCGAACAAUGCGGACCAGCCCGCCGACACGAUCGAUCUGCAUGGGCUGUUUGUUGAGGAGGCUGAGGAGAUCCUCGAGGCGCGCAUCCAGAGCGCGACGAGGCAGGGCGAUGAGGGCCUCCAUGUUAUCGUUGGCAAGGGCAUACAUAGCGAGGGCGGCGUUAGGAAGUUGGCGCCAGCCGUCGCGAGGAUCUGUAGAGAGCUCGGGCUGCGGUAUAAGGAAGAGGAGAAUACGGGGAGGAUCUAUAUUUGGCUUCGCCCUGGCACCGGUGGCGAUGGGGUUACGCCGCCCGGAUGGGGUGCUCAUCAACAAUCGCACCACGAAGCGGGACAGCACCAGCCGCAACACCAUGGCGGGCAGAGUGGAUACCCGGGGGGUCAGCAGCACCACGGAGGGGGAGGAGGACACCACCAGCAACAACAGCAGCAGCAACAGCAGCAGCAACAGCAGCAGCAGGAGCAGUCGGAUCUGGUGGAGAAAGUGGCGAAGCACGUUCUACCCAAGAUCUUCAAGAAGAUGGGAGAGUGUUGUGUCAUCAUGUAAUGGAGCGUUUCUUGUAUGCGUAUGUUUUUAUUGUUCGCUUUGUGCUGUUUUUUUACGUAGAGAGCGGGCGAGCGACGAUACCAUCAUGUAUAUAGGUAACGGAGGCGAAGGGCAGUUAAUAAUGCUGUAUGGAGUAAGGGAUGAACACGGGCACGAAUGGCAAUUGCAACGGAUGAUGUUU